AUGUUGCUCGACGAGGAUCCCGCGACACUAAUUCACCACACGAUCGGCAACUUCAACAUCCAGCCGGAUAAGCUUGCCGUGACGCGCAUCACCGACUCUCUCUCGACGAUGCAGCAGUCGCGUGAGCUACGAAUCCGUGAAGCCGAAUCAGCACUGCGCAAGCUCUCUCGGAAUCUGAAUGCGAUGGCCGCACACCACGAGGAAACAGUUGCUGCUCAUGACUCCGCCAAACAUGCCGCGCAGAUUGUCGAGUUAGAUACGAAGAAGUUCCGCAUCGCGAAAGCCGCUUCCGAGCUGGAGAUCGAGAGCGAGAGACUCGAGGGUGAACUGGAGAUGUUGAAGGAUCGAUUGGCAGAGUUGGAGUCUCAGGGACUCGAGGGUGAUGAGGCCGCCAGGAGAGAGAGGGAGGCUGAAGACGCGACAUUACUCCGUCUCAAAAUCUACCGAUCGCUUGGUAUUGAUGUCGAGGCCGACGAGGCAGGCAACUAUAACAAGGCCAUCAUCCGGAACAGCCGCAAAGGCGACGUACAUGUCGUCAAUAUCGACUCAAAAUUCUCACGGUUCUUCUACGCGAAUUACUUCUGGUCUACGAUGCAAGGAUGA